AUGUCCAGACUCCGCGCUUUGUGCCUGCAAGAACUAUCACAACCUUCUGUCCACCAAGCAUGGCCAAAGGCUUUCGACACCCCACCUAUUAAUGCGCCGGGACUGGUCCCAAAAAAAAUCUGUGGACAUGCUUGGCCUGCAAAGAUGCUCAAUGGAAGAACACAUAUGACACCGCCCAUCAUGAAAACACCAGCACACACUCCGAACAUGUUGCGUUCCUUCAAAAACAAACAGAUAUGA